GGCGAUCAGUAGAGCAUGUGUCUAUACGUUUGGAAAUAUUUGGAAAAUAGGUUGUUUUUUUAUGAUUUUAACUAAGAUUUUCUUUCGCAAAUACGGGACACUUUCAUAUUUGAUUAUAGCGCGGUACACCAUUUACGGAUUUUGUGUAUUGUGAACUUGCGAUAAGCAUUCAUUAGCAAUGUCUGUUGCGGAAUUUCUCAAAGGAUUGCCGUCACAUGACGAAAACAACUUUGCUAAUUUUCACACAGAUAAUGGAAACCGAACUUGUGUCAAAAGACCAUCGGUGUAUCUACCUACCAAGGACUACCCAUCCGAACAAAUCAUUGUGACUGAGAAGACAACUAUUCUCCUGAGGUAUCUUCAUCAACAGUGGGACAAAAAGAGUGCUGAUAAAAAAAAGAAGCUCUUGUCCGGCGGUGGAGAGUCUCAAGAAGAAGUAACAGCGACGCGCAACAAGAGGCCAAGACUUGAGUUGAACAACACACUCUAAAUCUGCAACUGUAUUAAUGUUGAAAUAUCCAAAAAAAAAGAAGAAUUUCUAUCUCGACAAUUUGUAUGAUCAAUAACAUUAGAGCUAAAUGUAGUUAUCGUGCAGAUAAUG